UAGUUGAUUUUAGCAGCACAACCCCGUCGCCAGCAGCAGAAGCAGCAAAUAAAUGCUUACCGUCGCGACAAAAAGUACGCAUAUAUUUUGCCCAAGUGUUAUUUAGAUAAACUACACAGCGCAGUGCAAAAGAAAAAAAAUCACAGAAUUCUACGUGUAAUAACAAACAACAACAAACAAACAAAUCAAAAUGUGCCGUGCAAUAUAAUAGUGUAUUUAAUCGCGUAGCAGCAGGAGCAGCAACAACAACAAAACGGACGUUGGGUGGUGCACAGUGGUAACGCGAAAACUCCACAAAAAGCAGAAUAAAAAAAGAAAAGCUAAACGAGCAGCAAUAUAUAAUUAAGCAAGUGUAGGCAAAAUGUCGACAAUUGUGGAACAGACGACCACCGAUGCGCUCACAGCGGGUGCUCCGACAACACCAGACACAUCAGCAACAGUUGCAGCAGCAGCAGCAGCAGCGGCAGCAGAAGCAGCGACAGCGACAGCGACAGCAGUUGUAACAGCCACGCCCACCUCCAGCACGUCCAGCACAGAAAUUGAGCAACUGCAACAGGCGCUGCUCGAGAAGCAAACUCAAUUGUACGCAUUGGAAACAGCUUGCUUACGUGAGACGGAACGUCAAGUGGAGCUCGAGGAUAGUGUGAUUGCGUGGCAGGAUAAAUACGAUCGAUUGUACGAAUCGCAUAAACGUGUCCAGAAAGUGAAUCAAAGUCUCGAGGAUAAAAUGCUCAAGCUCGUCGAUCGCAAUACAAAUGAACGGGCGCAGCUCACCAGCGAUGUGGCAACGCUUAGCGUUCGCUUGGCUCAGGCCAAUUUCAACAUUGCCAAGCUGCAGCGGGAAAUUGAACGCUACAAGGCCGACAUUAGUCUUGCCAUACAAUUGCUGCAGUGCAAACCGGACAGUUUUGUGCCACAGAAAGUGUCCUCGCUGCCAAUUGAGAUACAAUCGAAGGUGUCGGCCUAUAUGCGAUUGGAGACGAACUCGCAUUCGGAUUCAGAGUGCAGCAAUAGUGGUGUGGGCGUGGCAACCACCGCUUCCUAUAAAGUGCUUCCGGUCUCGGAUUCGCCGCCGCCAGCGCCAUGCCCCUUUCCGCCCACCGCGAUGGUGUAUUCAAUGCGGGGCCUCGGUAAGUAUGCUGCCAAUGGCAAUGCGCCACAAGCCACAGCAACCAGCAACAACAACAACAGCACCGCAAAAGACACCGCCAACAACAAUAACAACAACAACAGCCUUACAAAUGGCAAACACAACAACAACAGCAGCAAAUUUAGCUCAACUCAAACACUAAAUGGUCAACCAAAGAACAGCAACAACAACAACAACUCCGAUCCGGAGAUGAUUUCACCCACAGUGAUGGCCAAGUUUCUGGAGGAGGAGCUGAAAGCGAACGAUGUGAAGCAUUGCGAUACAUGUCAGUGCAGCAAACAGGAUCUCACAGUGCUGGCGGAUGUCUCACGUUCCUACACGGUGGCCACUCAAACACCUCACAGUCUGGCGACUGUGAAUGAGCCGCUGACUCAACUGUGUUUGCGGUGUCACAGCAAUCUGAAUUCACCGUCGCGCACCAACAGUCCGUACUUGAUGAAGCUGGUCAAGUCAAGUGAUUCGGUCAUCUCGGAGACGAAAAGUUCUGUCUCGGAUCUGAAUGAUAUGGACAAACUCUUUACGCCGCCCAAGAAAGAUGAUUUAAUGGUGAAUCCCAUUCUGGGUCAUCACAGACUCUGCGAACGCACCGCGGGUCAGGAUUAUGCGGCCAGUAAACUGACCGCCUCGACCAUGAUGUAUCCCACCACACAUCUGGGUGCGUAUGCGGCCGAAAAGUAUCUGCUCGAGACAAGUAAUUUGGGCCAACUGCGCUCCGGCUAUCAGCGACGUUUUCUCGAUGGCGGCGGCACAGCGUUGCAACUGCUCAACAAGUAUGAGGCAACAACGGCAACAGCUGCCACGAAUGCUCAGGAACUGGAGUUGGAGGAUGAGGUCAGUAAGCCGCUGCUGGCGGGCAUCUCGCAACCGAAUCUGCUCGAGACAGAGCAAAUAGCGGCGCAGCCUCCGCCACCUUCCGCUCAGCCCUCGAAGCCGGAGGAUGUGUGCGAACCGCAGCCAGCGAAGCCGAUGCCAACGCCAACUCAAGUGGCCAGUGGGUCGCAGCUGAAAUCGAACACCUCGGGCAGCGUUCAGAGUCUGUGGAGCAACAAGACGAGCAGCUGCGAGGGCGCCAAAAUGUUCGAGACAUUCAACAGGAAUCUCAUCAAGACCAUUAAGGCGGAGAAUCCCAAGUAUCGUGGUCCACGUCUCUGUGCCAUGCGCAUCCAGCAGAACGGCCAGAGCAACAUACUGCUGGACAAUCUGGAGUCCAUUGAGACGCAUCUGCCGGUGAUCUACAAGCGACGCGAGCGAUUGCUCGACGAGGAACUCAACGAUGGCAAGGACAUCAUCACGUCGAAGGAGAGCAAUGCGGCAGCCGCAGUCGAUGCGUGGCAAGCAUCUGUUGCGCCGCAUGAGACUGUGGCGCUGCAGCCAGUGCUGGAGCCGCAGGUGGAGCAAAAAGAGACUGAGAAGUUGGCCCAGCAACAAGUGGAAACAGUUGCCACAGCAACAAAUGCCACUGGCGCUGCCGUGGAAGCAACAACAGCCGCAGUUGUGGCAGCAGCAGCAGCUGCCUCACCCAAGCACUCGGCACACUCGAGUUCGCUAAGCGAUGCCAUCGACUAUCAGGAGAGCGUGUUGCUGCGACGCCAGCAGUUGAAUCGCGUUGCCGAGUGGGUGCAGCACAACACACAACAGCUGGAGCAGCGAGCACUGCAACAGCCAGCACUGCCAAGUGAUUCCAAUUCCGGGACAGAGCGUCAAUCGUCGUACUCCACACUCGACCACAUGGAUGCCAUAUCCAUUGAGAAGCUGAGCAUGGAUUCGGGCUACAAGACAACGCCCCAACAGCUGACCAAUGGCUAUGCGGAUGCGGGCAAAUCCACCGAGGAUUCGCUGUCACCCAAAACAGACAUCACCAGCAAUUCGCUGCCUGAACCGUGUCCCGGAGCAGUGUCAUCCACAGUGCAACUGACAACCAAGAAAGCUGAGCUUUGCACCACCUACUACAGACGCACCACACGCUCGGGGCUGCCCGUGGCUUAUACGACAACCACGCUGCCAACAGCAACAACAACAACAGGAAAUGUUGCUGCCACGGGUGACUCCUCAUCGGGUAGUUCCCCCGCGUUGCAGUGUCCCGAACAGCCGACGUGUGAUAUCCUGAACUACAAAUACUAUCCGAAUGAUACGGACAAGACGCGUUCGGUGCAAGCGGAGCUGCAUACGACCACACAGCAUGUGGACAUUGCCCAGAUGGAGUACAAUGUGAAACAGUUUCUGCUCAAACAGAACGAAUGGUCGAUGCGGGGCGAGACAACGUCUGGACAAACUGCUGGCAGUGGAAGUGGAAAUGUCAGUGGAUCAACUGCUGCUCCGCGCUUAAUGCGACACACACGAUUGCUGGGACCGGGGGUGGGGGAGCGUGUGAGAAUGGCCACGCCUGGGGGCGCUGUGGCAGCCACGCCCAGUGCUUUGGCGCCGCACAGAACUGAAACGAAUUUAUAAGCAGCGACGCAAGAGGGCCAGAAAAA